CACUGGAGAAAAAUACAUUCUGUGUAUCUGCCUGACCGACGUUCUUCUUUGAUUCGUGUCUGCUUGAAUAACACCGUUAACAACAGCGCACUUUGAGACCUCUUCUCUCAUGCGUCUUCUGAGGCUUGAAGAAGACGGCAACUUCAGCCUUGUCGAGUAUGUUGAGAAGGAUAUUCCUCAAUAUGCCAUUCUUUCACACACCUGGGGAGCCGACCAUGAGGAACCUACCUAUAAGGAUUUACUGAAAGGCACUGGUAGGAACAAGGCUGGUUAUCGUAAACUUACGUUAUGCGGAGCCCAAGCUGCGAAAGACGACCUCGGGUUUUUCUGGGUGGACACCUGCUGCAUCAACAAAUCAAGCAGCAGAGAGCUUGACGAGGCCAUCAACUCUAUGUUUCGCUGGUACCAAAAGGCUGCAAGAUGCUACGCAUAUCUGGCCGACGUAUCUGUCGACCGGUCCGCUGGAGAGAACGACUUUACCCCAGAACUGAAAGCAGCGUUCGCAAGAAGCAGAUGGUUCACUCGCGGCUGGACACUCCAGGAGCUCAUUGCUCCAAGAUCAGUAGAUUUCUUCAGUAAAGAGGGGCAUUGGCUUGGUAGCAAGCACUCACUGCAGCAAAUACUCGCUGAGAUAACGGGGAUUGCGCUCGCGGCCCUGCAAGGAACUCCCUUGUCCCAUUUCUCGACAGAGGAGCGCAUAUCGUUGGCAGCGAAUCGCCAGGCCAAACGGGAAGAGGAUGCAGCAUACUCAUUGUUGGGUAUCUUCAACAUACAUAUGCCGCUUUUAUAUGGCGAAGGACGGAAGGAGGCGUUUGACCGACUUCGGGAGAAGAUUGACGACCCUUUAGCUAGUCUCAGGCGGUAUGUUUACCAGCAGACGCAGAGGCUGGAUACCUUGGAUAUUACAGCCCAGUGGAUAGUCCGCCAAAUGACGAAUAAACCUAAGCAACUCGGAUACCCAUGGGAAACUGGUAUGCUUGAAGAUCAUCUCAAGAUCGAUGAUGGGCUGGGCGCGGAAUAUUUCUUACCUGUGUCUCUCUGUGAGACUCUAGAGGUAGUUGGCCCUUCUAUUCAUUAACCAUCCAGUUGGAUAAACCAACAGCACCAUUAUCUGAACCUCAAGGUUAAGGACUUAUAGGCUUUCUUCGAUAUUCUGCGAUUGAAAUAUAAAUCCGAGAGACUCCCCGGAUUGAAGCAAAUUGAACGACGCCACAUUCUGCUCUGGGAAUGGAAUGAAAGGCACAUCGUUUCUCCCGCGAAUUGGUUACGCGUCGUAAAACAUGAUCGGGCUGCCAAGGUGUCCUUCGUUAUGGGUUCCUGGCAUGGUCCACCUAGGAAUCGGUGUAUGCGAUGCUACAAACCGAGAACGCACGACACUUCCGAAUAUCCCCCUCAAAUAUUGUCAUUCGUGUAAGCUGGCAGUUCAGUGGGUAGAACCUGAUGAUCUCCCCUUCGAACCGACUGAUAUCCUUAUCGACUGAGACCUUUACCGCGAUUACCAAGUUGC